AUGGCGACCACGCCUGCGUCCGCGUCCGCCCAACCCUCGACCUCUGCCUCCACACCCAUCCUCGCCACUGGCGACUGGACCAAAAACCUCGUGCACCUUGCCAAGACCGCAGAGCUCAAGAAGCAUGCGUUAACAUUACAACUCCACACCGCGCACAUUCUGUCCGCCCAUGCUGCCCUGGAAACGAAGAGCAAAGCGAUCCAGGACCUGAAGGAGCAGAAAAACAAGCUGGAGAGCGAACGGUCACGGUUGCUCAACUGCUUACGCGAGGCAUACCGGGACAAAACCGAUCUCGCAGAAGCAACACUUGACAAAGAGGUCAAGGAUCUGCAGGCGAAGAUCAAGACCAUUACCGAUGGCGAAUAUUCGACGGCGAAGGUGGAGGUAGACCGGCUACGACAAGAGUUGGGGCAGCCGGCAUUACCGAGCUUGCAGUCGACGUUGGAAGAGAAGUCGCAGGAGUAUUUGAAAGCUCUGCGUCUGCAAGCAGAACAGGUCGCCAGUGCGACCGGUACAAAACGCCCAGCCGCAGACGAGCUCGGCGCAGACGGGCAGCCCGUCAAGCGUCCCCGGGGCCGCCCAAAGGGCAGUAAGAACUCGAAGCCGCCGAAGCCGAAGAACGGCACCCCUUCCGCUUCGGCGCCUGCCUCCGCCUCCUGA